AUAAUAGGCGGGUGUGGUCAACGAUUUAUUUUGCCAAGUUUUUGCACUUGACUAUUUACACGGUGAUCAUGCAGCAGUCAGACGUUGAUGAUAAAAUGGACGAACGUGUACCGCCCGUGCAGAAAAAAAGUUUUUCUAUUUCCGAUAUUUUGGGUAAGGAAGACAAUGAAAAGUGCGAAAAAAAAGAUGAAGAAGCGAGAAUAACAAGCCAGCCGUUGCAUCCGGUUCUACAUCCACUUUUAUCGCGUUAUCAUUGGUAUCCCUGGAUUCAACCGUUGAGCUCUCCGGUUCUGAAUCAGGAACGCCGCUCGCCAGUUCAGCAGCCUGCUGCAAGAAGCCCUUCCCCAGUAGAGAGUCUCCUCGAAGAAGAGGAGAUUGAUGUUCAAGAUGACGAUAAUCAGGAAAAGAGCAAUCAGUCCUCAAGUAUUGACGACAACAAGAGGAGGAAGAAGAAAACAAGGACUGUUUUCUCCAGAAGUCAAGUGUUUCAAUUGGAGAGUACUUUCGACAUGAAGAGGUACUUAAGUUCGUCCGAAAGAGCUGGAUUAGCUGCGUCAUUGCACCUAACAGAAACUCAAGUCAAGAUCUGGUUCCAGAACCGAAGAAAUAAAUGGAAGCGACAAUUAGCCGCCGAAAUGGAAGCGGCCAACAUGGCACAAGCAGCCCACAGACUGGUUCGCGUCCCCGUCCUCUACCCUCCUCAUACUGGACACCCAACUACUAGUGAAUCUCAAACUACAGCCUCGAAUUCCUCACCAUCAGACUCCCCCCAAGCUGUCUCCUUUCCCCUUUACUACCCUCCUAUGGUGCAGGCCUAUACCUCGGCCUUACGGCCCAGCUUACCGUCGAUAGUUUGACUGUCAUGCACUAGAGAGAUGAACAAUUGUAAACUAAUUUUUCUUUUUGUUUAUCUAGUCAUAAUGUUUUUGUGGGUGAAAGAGAGCGUAUAGAUAAGUCACGCGAUUCUAAUUGCUCUACUAAAUCUGUAAUUGGUUGGAUGGUGUAAAAGAAGGGAAAAGAUAUUCUGCUGUUCUUUCAUCCCAAUUUUUCUGUCGAUGAGUUUGUGGGUAUCAGUGUAAAUAUAAUCAUAAUAAAUUUGUGUAAAAAUUGCUCGGA